AUGCAGAACAGGCUAUUAUAUUCAGAGGGAGACUAUGAGGACUCUUUUCUAAGCGGAGUUGUUGGCUUGGAUGCCGGGUCAAAUGUUUCAGGCAAUUCUAGUAGAAAGGCCACUCAAGGAGGAAAUGGAAAAGAAGCAGAAGCGGGAGGAGUUUAUGAGGGAAGAAUGCCCAGUAAGGGAAACACAUAUUAUUCAUCAGAAAUUAAUCACGGAUUGGGAAGUAUGAGUGGUGGUAGAUCUUCUGUUGGUUACUAUGAUCACUUUAAUGGAGUUGGAGCUGGACAUCUGGAUAAUGGAAUAGGGUCUUUGGGAGGAGAAUUGAGGGUUGGACAAAAUCCUUGGGGCUGGGAAACAUACACAAGCUAUAAUAUGAUUGGACUAUUUUCUUCACAUACCAAUAAUAGGAAAGUUAGGCCAUUUAUCUCAUCUAUUUACUGCGACCCAUUUUAUGAGCUUCUUUGGCUUGGAUGGACAAAUGGAUUUUUAAGUUCAUUUAGAUUUCCACAUUGUAGUAGAUACACAGCAUUUCCAGUAGGAAUAGCCGAUUCAGUAUCUGUGGGUGGGCCUGCAAGGGAUAAUGUGAUUUACAUGGGAUUUCCAUCCUCUUCACAUUUAUAUACAGUCACUAAUAGUGGAAUUGGUGUUUAUUCUAGAGGAGGAGCUCCGAUAUCUUCUAAUUCUUAUAAUACACUAAGUAAUGACAAACAACAAAGUUCAAAAAUACUAUGUUGUGAUUCUAAUAGGUACCAAUCUUAUAUGAUGGGUAGCCAUCCAAUUAUUGGUAUUGGAACAGGCAAGGGUGUCUCAAUCUUGGAUUUGCAGGAGGUGCGUCCAAUUCACAGUAUUCCAUAUAAUGGGAGUAUUAGUUGCAUUAAAAGUUCGGCAAACUCCUCAAGUUUCAUUGUAGGAGGGGUGAAUAUGCUUGGGAUUGCUGAUACGAGACUUCCGAGGUUGGGACAUACUAUUCAGAUUUGCCCCACAAAUUCGGGGAAUAAUGAGACGCUUGUUUCAGGACUAGCUGUUAACGAAUAUACAGUAGCUAUAAUUACUAGCUCAAUCUCGAGUCGGAAGAUAACAUCGGAUGAGCUUCUGAGCUCAGUUGGUGGAGUUUGUGGGCUUCCUGUACUUGAUUUAAUUAGAAUACAUCCUGGAGAAGUCUCUACUUCGCCAGAAAUGAUGGUUUACAAAAAGAACUUAGAUUUAACAAACAUGAUGAGAGAUUCUGUUGUCAGACUAUAUGAUACCAGGAAAUUCAGACCAAGGAAGAACGUUUCAUUUUCACCAGGACCAAUUAAUAUUGCCUGGAGUGAUAAUUCUCUGGCUAUAUCAGCAGGAGCUGCCACCACACCUGAUUUUGAAGAUUUAUAUAUCAUUGGAAAUAAUGGACAGUGGCAAAUUUAUCACUCAAACAUUGAACAGAUGGAGUUUUAUGCAACUCCAUCUGUUCCUUUAUCCAAUCUUAACUUUAGCUCUUCCAGCAAUUACCUGAUAUUGGCUGACACUUCUGGGUCAAUCCAUACUAUGCAGAGACUCCAUACAACUGGUGGACUGGCCUCCACAUCCUCAAUUCAAGCAAAUACUUCCUCGAGCUCAAAUAUUAGUACCAGUGGUACCAAGGCAGAUCAGCAACAUAUCACAAGCUCAGGAAUAACUGGAGGAGGAGUGAAUUCAAGCUCAUCCUACAGCCACCAAAACCACCAGCACUCUUUUAGUGUUUUUCAUUCCUACCCACUUCCAAAUCUUAAUAUUCCUGGAACAAACAUUGGAGGAAAUUAUAAUAAACAGAUGAAUACCUCUCUCUAUAACUACUCAUAUGUGAAAUCAAUUCAAACACUAAUGGGAAUUGCCUCUAAUCCAGUAACUAAGCCCGCCACUCAUAAUCUGGGGCAUCCAACGAUCCCAAACCUUACUGUGGCACUCAGAUAUCUUCAGGGACGCCCAGUUGUGGCAUAUGAUUCCCUGAACUCUGUUGGAAUUCCUCCUAUUCUUGAAAAGCUACACAACGGGAAGCUUAACAUUAGAGAUGAUAGCCUACUUAGCUUUAAUAACAAGUUUGAAAUUGAUCAGAUUCGUAAAAUACAAACCGAUUUCGGCUGGAACACUUAUAAAUCUUCCGAUGAACUGCCACAAGGUCUUUGUAUAAUCAAAACCAGAACUCUUUCAAGGCAAACGGAUUCUUCUCUUGGACUCCAUGCCUAUGCAACUAGUUUCUCUGGCUCACAAAACUCUGCUAUGAGGAGCCCGCAUAACGUGGGAAACAUGCAAAAUUUAUUGCAUGCAAUGGGGGGCACCCAUAAGCAGAGUGGAAUUCAAUCAAAUACAAAGGAACAAAAUGAAGGUGGAGAAGCUAGGCAUGGCCACUCCAGUGGGACUUUGGCAUUUUCUCUGGAUUAUAUCCGAGAGAUUAGACCAGAGAUGGAUCUUUAUAAGCUAAAAGGACUGGAGUUUAGAAUGGUUGACUUUAUCAAAGUUGCCAUUAAUCCUGAUACAGCCAAGUACAAAAACAACAACUUAGUUUAUGGUUUCCCGUUAUUGUGUUUAAGAGGCUCUAUGCCAAUUUGGUACUACCGAAAGAAAAGAAAUUUGUCAUUGUACACAGUAGGAGUUCAAGGGGCCCUAGGAGAAACCUCUCACGCAAAGAGUCUUUCUUUAGUGCCUAUUAAGUUUCACUACAAACCAAGAUUAAAUCCCAAUAGGCGGGAAAAAAUAAAGAACAGAAGGAUGAUGGGCGGAAAUACUUCAAGUGAGAAUCCAGGGGUAGGGACUUCAGCACAAAAUGGAACACAGUCAGGAGGAGUAGGAACAGUAGGAACUUUGGGUAAUAUAGGUACCAGUUCGUCACUUCCAAACGGGGGGGAUGCUCAGACGGUUUCUAGAACAGAGGAAGACCACUCUUCAUUAGGAGAAGGGCUAGUUUCAAUAGAAUUUGACAACGAUACCUUGGACUUUACUCAGCCGUUUUUCAUGUUAUUUUCUUUUAUUCCAAAGCUUUCCUACGACAUUCUCCUUGCCCAUGUACCAGGCUGCACUUCAGAGUUUUGCCUUGCAUGUGAGCUUGUACAUCUAACAUUCAUGAUGUAUAGUUGCAAGUUUAACUUAAAAAAUGGAAAGGGGAGAAAUCCUGACUUGUUUCCAUGCGUGAUUCUCAAUUCGAUUUAUACAUUAAACAUGCUAAGAACUGUUAGACACAUUCCAGAAAUUAAACAACUUGGGAUAGAUUUCGAAGACAGCCAACAAAAUCAAAUUGGGAUUCCUGGAGUUGGAGGACCAAAGUUUGGAGGAGUUGGAACAGGGGUUGGGUCAGGAAGCCCAACUAAUUGCUUGUUUGAUGAUAUAAACUUUAAUGGUAUGGCUUUGGUGAGUCACUUACCUCAAACAGCCUUUAACCAAAUUCGUAAGACCGAGAUCUUUUGGAAAUUCUUUUUAGAGAAUCUGAAAAAAGAUAUUAUGAAAACUUACUUUAUCCAUAAUACAGAUGGAACAGAAGUCGAGCAAGAAACAAAGGCUUUUGAAGUUAAUGACAGAAAUGAGAAUGAUGUACUUGAAAAACUGAUAGAUUCUCUUUUCAGUAUUGAGGUUACAACAAUCAGUAGUUGUGUCCAGGCUAAACAUGCAUUUAAAUCAACUCAGAUACUAACAUAUCUAGAUAUCCCAGCUAGUCAUUUAUUGGCUCAGAGUUCAUUAAUGAGUGGUCAGAAUUUAGACUUAUCUAAAUUAAACCAAAAAGAUGACCCAUCUAUGUUCCAAAGGCUAAGAUCUGAAAGAUUUUUGAAGGCCUUAAAUUCUAAUUUGCUUAGAAUUAUUGCUGGAAGAAGUUUCUGUAAAGAAUGCGGAACUUCAACAGCUUGCCAGCAUGUCAGAUGUAUCACAAAACUUCCUCAGAUUCUUGUUCUUUCUUGCAACAUCCAGUCUAAUAAGCAUUGGAACGAGUAUGGAGGAAUGUCUCCAGAAGAACACGAAGAAUUUGUCAAAAAGAGCCAGAAUGUGGGAGGAGGUGUCUCUGGAACCAAUCACGAACAUCUUCCUACUCCAGAAUAUUCAAUACCUUUUGAAAUCCGAUUCUCCAAGCUAAGAAAAGGGUUCAGCUCACAGGCAGGGGGUAGUGGAGAAAACAAUGGAGAAACCUCUGGUGGAAUAGAUAUUAUCCAGGUUGAUAAAAAAGGUAUAUUCACGGAAAGAAGUGCUAAUCAUGUUGUUGAGCAAGGUAGUGAAUCCAAGUUAGGAAAAGAAAGCUCAGAACAAGAGAAAUACCAGGAAUAUGAGUUGGUUGCAUUGGUAUUCGGAGUUUAUCAGGGAUGCUCAAUUCAGCUUCCAUCUGGUACUCAUUUUUGUAUGUAUGUUAAACAUAAGUUAUUAUUUAAUGAGAUGAAUAAUACACAAGAUAAGUGGUACAUGAUUAAUGGCUCCUCAAUUCUUCCUGUGAAUAACAAAAAUGAGAUAAUUAAUUUUUCAUCAUGUUGGAAACUUCCAACCUUUUUGUUUUAUUCGGAUAAGAAAGGAAGUUUGUUGAAUUACUUGUUUAGUAACUAUCCAUGUUUGGAAUUCCAACUAGAUUUGGACCAAAAAGAUAUAGACCUGUUGGUAAGAAAGGUUUCUUGUAGUUAUAAUGAAGAAGAAGAGGCUAAGGAUGAUACUGAUGAAAAGAUAAAUCAAGAAGGGGAAAAAGAUUCUGUAAUCAAAGAUAAAGAGAUACCUAAUCCGAGCCAUGGUACUGUUUCAGAUGCUUUGGAAAUGGAAAUUUUAGAUAUUCAUGGUAUCCAGAUUAAAAUACCUUGGAGGUAUCCAAAAAUGAUACAUGACCAUGUAAUACAACAAUUGGAGUCAAUAAUAAGGUUAAUUAAGAAUGAGAAGAAUCUUUCAGAAAAUCCAGAUCUUAGUCAGAUUAAUGAUCAGUUACCAUUCACACCUAAAGAACUUUCUAAUCUUUGUUUGAAUUACUUUAUAAGAUACCCAUUUUCCAAAGGACUUUUGAAAAAGCCAAAAGAAAUUGAUGAAAGGUUUAUAAAUACACUAAGUCAUUCGGAGUUCAUUAAAAAUUCCCCUAUGGUUGUUGCAUUGGAUUCAGAAUAUGUAGCUUUAGAUGUUGAGCAGUCUGUUGUAAGGUCUGAUGGAACAAAGGAGAUAUUGAAGAAAUCUCAAUUAUCUCUAGCAAGAGUUUCUAUCGUACGCUGUGGAAAAAUCUCAUUAACUGGAACUAAUGAUAAUGUUGAAAUUGAUAAUAAAAAAGGAUUAAUAAUGGACCAUUAUGUAUCUUAUGGGUCAAACAGCCAACAACCCAGAGACUAUUUGACAAAGUACUCAGGAGUUAGACCUGGAGACCUAGAUCCAAAAACUUCGUCUCAUUUUCUGACCAGUAAAUUCUGUAUACUUAAAAAGCUCCAAUUUUUAGUGGAUGCUGGUGUUGUAUUUAUUGGACAUGCUCUCCCAAGUGACUUUAAGAUCAUUAAUAUUUAUGUUCCUCCAUUUCAAAUUAUUGAUACCGUUGAGAUUUACAGACUUCCUGAUGAGAGAUAUAUUAGCCUUAAAUUCUUGGCCAAGUUUGUACUUAACAAGAAUAUUCAAACCGAAGUCCACGAUUCCAUCGUUGAUGCUAAAACUGCUCUCGAGCUUUUCUUAAAUCAUCUUUCUUUAAAGAAGAGCGGAUCUUGGAACGACUUCCUAAGUUUCCUUUAUUCAAAGGGUCAUUCUAUUGAUUGGAAAAUUGAAGCUAUUGAAAAUUCAAAUUGA